AGCAUGUACAGUACUUACAAAAUACUUAAUGGGUUCAAGACAUAAAUAAGACUUUCACUUUAGAAAAACAACGAGAGAGAAUACUUUACAUUUGAUUCAAGUAUAUAAUUUUUCAUAAAACAAAUGCAAUACUUUAUAAGCAAAAUAUCUGAUGUGGUGCUUCCUAGGCGCGCUCAUGAGAGCGGUCAUAUCCGCUCACAAGAUUGCUACUCCUACCUGAAGAUAACAGUAGCAGCAGGAAGAGGUGCCUUGUGUUGCGGAGGCUUGGAUGCCGCAGCAGAGAUCCGGCAGUGUCCCAGCCCACCACUAGCACACGAGUCUCAGGGUGUCAUCAGCAUCAGACACCUCGGCCAGGAGAAGCACCAAGGUCCAGCAGGACGCACCGCCAUCACGGACCAACUUCGGCACAAUCAAAGAGGUGGAGAGGGACGACGUGUCCUCCAUCACGACCACCCCGCCCUCCUCGUCGUCUCCGUCGCCACGCAGCCCUCUGAAGUCACAGUACAAUGCAUGUCAACCAAUAUAUGUCCGCAGCACAUUUAGUAGAAUUUUACAUUAUCUCACAACACCAACAUGAAAAAAAAAAAAAAUGAAUAAAUGAAAAAUAAAUAAAUGAAUAAUACAAGUGACUAAAAUUCCGAAGGAUUUUCUUGGUAUAUCAUGACUGAUCUGUAAUAAUGUACUGACAGAAAAACAAACAGUAUUCUUGAGUAAAAA